AUGAGCAGCAACAAUGCCUACACGAAGCCGCACUCGGACUUCUCCUUCCCCUCCAUGAUCCUCUCCAACUGGAAGGACUUGACGAUCACGUGGGCCGGACCCAGGGACAACCCGAACCAGAAGCCCAUGCGCUCGCCGGGCGUCACGGGCAUGCGGCGCGCCGAGAACAACUGGGCCAAGUCGGCCAUCUCCGAAGAGAGCUUCGCCAUGCGCGUCAACGGCACCCUCUACAGCGACCCUAGCCUCUGGGACGGCCGAGUGUUCCUGAAGGAGACGGGCGAGUUCGAGAACCACAUCGACACCUACGACGGCAAGCCGCUGCCGUUCACCAUGAAGCGGUCCUACUACCUGCCGCCCCAGGAGGAGUUCUACAUCGUCCGCUACAGCGUAUCGCUCCCCCAGUCCUCCAAGGGGCCGUCCACCGCCGAUGUGCAGCUGCUCGACUAUGUGGUGACGGAGAAGAACGCGGACGCGCCGCAGGUGAAGCAGUGGGGCUGGUUCAACACGUACGAGAGCGUCCCGCUGUGGAUGGUGGACGAGACCAAGAGCGGCCAGGGCUACUUCACGAUGGGCACGUGGGACGCCAACGCCGUGUCGUCGUACCAGGUCGGGCAGGCCACCGAUGCCACGUCGCCGCUGUCGCAGUUCAUCCACAAGGAGGGCCACCUGGGCAAGGAGCUCGUGGCCGAGGAGCUGCAGGUGUCGCUCGGCCUGGUCGUCAGCGAGACCCUGGCGGCCGGCCAGUCGCUCGACCUCUACUUCUUCCGCACCCUCCACACCGCCUACGACAAGGCCGUCGCGACGUGCAAGCGCGCGCUGGCCCAGCCGCCCGCCUACUGGAUCGACCGCACCCAGGCGGCCUACGCCUACUUCCUGGCCAAGGGCAAGCAGCCCAAGUUCACCGACCCGGAGCACGAGCGCCUCUACAAGCACUCGGUGCUGAUGAUGAAGAACGCGCAGAACCCGACCGUCGGCUGCAUCGUGGCCUCGUUCCACCCGGCCUACCUCUACAAGACCUGGAUGCGCGACGGCAUGUUCGCUGCCAUGAUCUUCGACGCCGCCGGCUACCACGAGGAGGCGCGCGCCUUCUUCGUCUGGGCCGCCUCGUGCCACCUCCGCUGGGGCCGCCAGGGCUUCCACACCUGCUACUCGUACUGGACGGGUGAGCCGGUGGGCUUUGUGGAUCCCCAGUUCGACUCGGCCGGAGCGUUCCUGGUGGGCGUCUACCACCACUACCGCUUGACGAGGUGCACGUCGUUCCUGGAGAAGGUCAAGCACGGCGUGCGCGACAUCGAGAACUUCCUGGGCUACGGCGUGGGCAUGCACGGCUUCGCGCCGGCCGACUACUCCAUCUGGGAGGAGUCGUCGCACCCGCACACCGGCGGCAACAUGCCCACCGCCUACUUCACCUUCACCCAGGCCAUGGCCGCCGCUGGCCUCCAAGCCGCCGCGACGUUGGAGGAGGUGUGGGGCGAUAAGGACAGGGCGCGCUUUAUGCAGGAGCGGUCCAAGCAGGUGCAGAACGCGAUCGAGACGCACCUGUGGAAGGAGGACGCGGACGGCCGCGGCGGGUACUACAUGCGCUGCAUCGCCUCGACCGACGGCGCCACCGACGAGCGGCUCGACGGCUCGUCCGUGGCGGUAGUCUACCUGGGCGUCGGCGACCCCAAGCGCGCCGUCUACCACCUGGCCCACGUACGCAAGGAGCUCACCCAGCGCGGCUACGGCAUCGGCCGCUACGCCGGCGAUCCCUUCUUCUACGACUCGAUCUUCUCGCCCGGCGGCAUGGAGGCCGGCGGUCCCACCCCGCCGUGGGGCGUCGUCACCAUGUUCACCGCCUUCGCCGAGCUCGAGUACGAGCGCAUCCUCGAAGACGCGGCCACACAGGAGGAAUGUAAGGGCAAGGAGGCGGCGUCGGAGGAGAUCGACGCCGUGCCUGAGGUGCUGCCACCGCUGGUCGCCGCCACCGCCGCCGCCGAGGGGCAGCAGAAGAAGGUGGUGCAGAAGCCGAUCGACUACCAGGCGAUCAUGCUCAAGGAGAGCCCGCGCGAGGUUGUGCGCAAGCGACUGCAGUGGAUGGUCGACCAUGCCGCCGAGGGGCAGAUGCCCGUGGGCGAGGCCAUCUGUGGCGUCACCGGCAACUUCGUUCCCUCGUCGACGCCCAACAUCUACGAAUACGCCGGCGUCUACAUCUGGGUACGUGCAGCUACACUUUUUCCAACUGCGCCUCAAAUAUCUUUCUUUUUGUGA